UUUUUUUUUAUUUUUUUAUUUUAUUUUAUUUUUUUUUUAAUGUCUGUUAAAGUAUGUCUGGAUCUAUACCCGCGAUUACACCUCAUUUAGAUUUUUCUUUACGAACACGAAAAAGCAACCAAGAUAUACAAAAGUUGUAUGGCAGCAGGGAGGAUAUUGAUUCCAACAACGAUAGUUAUGAACAAAACUUAUUAUUAGCCGAUAGUGAAGUGAUCGAAAUUGGGACAUUAAAUGAUGGAAAAUACCUGAAGCCGAAUAGAAAACAACUCCCAAAUUGGCUCCAAUUCUUAAUUACAUAUCGUAGUCGCAUUUAUACUUUCUUGAUAGGAUGUUUGUUUUUAGGCAUGCUCUUACUUGUUACUGACUCUAAUUUUUUUAAAAGACAAAGUCCCUCAACUUAUUAUUUUAAUGGUACAACUUAUUUCGAUAAAACUGUCAUCUACAUUUCGCUCGAUGGAUUUAGAAAUGAUUAUUUAGAAAGAAAAGUAACUCCCAAUAUAGAAAAGAUAGCUGAACAAGGUAUUCGGGCAGAGUAUAUGAUGCCCUCAUUUCCAUCUAUUACUUUUCCAAAUCAUUGGACUUUAGUUACGGGGCUAUAUCCUGAAUCACAUGGUAUUGUUGCUAAUGAAUUUUUUGAUCCAGUUUAUAAUGAGGAAUUUAUACAUAAGAAUGCAACCAUCAGUGGCGAUCCUAAAUGGUGGGGUGGUGAACCUAUCUGGCGAACCGUACAACGUCAUAAACAGAAGUCAGCCGUGAUAAUGUGGCCUGGGUCGAAUGUAGAGCCAACGGCAGAUUACUAUAUACCCUAUUCAAGAGAAGUUUCAGCAAUAUCCAAAAUGGAUAUGGUAUUCCAAUGGUUAGAUUUGCCCCUGAAUGAACGACCUCAACUAAUUUCGAUUUAUAUACCGCAAGUAGACCAAAAGGGACAUGGAGGAGGGCCUGAUGGAAAACAGUUGAACGCUGUAUUGUCGGAUAUGGAUAAUGCUAUUGGAUAUUUGAUGCAAGGGCUACAAGAACGAAAUUUAGAUAAUCAUGUUCAUGUUGUUAUUGUUAGUGAUCAUGGUAUGGCUGCUUCACAUAAGACACGAUUGAUCUUUUAUGACGAAAUCCUGUCAGCUCAAACUGAAUCCUAUUUAAGUAAAAGAGAAGCUUGGCCACUCUUGGGACUAAGACCCAAAUCCGAUAGCCCACUAGAUGCAGUUGACCAAAUAUAUAAUGAUAUUCAAAAAUACAUGGCUCGUACACCUGAUCCACACUUUCAAGUUUAUAAACGAAAUGAGAUACCAGAGCGAUUUCAUUAUCAUGUUACAGAACGUAUUGCACCUAUUUUACUUGUUCCGGAUGUAGGUUAUUCAAUCAUUCGUAGUACGGAUUUCAAUGUUAGUUUAGAUAAGGAUUAUAGACCUAGAGGCAUUCAUGGAUAUGAUAAUUUAGCACCCGAGAUGAGAGCUAUUUUUGUAGCUAAGGGGCCUAAAAUCAGUCAAAAGUAUAAUAAGGGAACUAUCCUAAAUGCAUUUUACAAUGUGGAAAUAUAUCAAUUUUUAACAACGUUACUUGAUAUGAGUCCAGCAGUCAAUAAUGCAACAUUAGAAGGACUAUUGGGUGCGACAUAAAAGAUAGAAAAUAAACAAAUAUACAAACAUAUAAAAUAUAUAUAAAAUGAUGCGCUUAUGUAAGGGUUAUAGACUUGUAGACUUGUACAAUCAAUAUAAACUAUAUCUAAAGCCUUGUUGUAGUAUAUAUUGAAUGUUACACAUACAAUGUUAAGUGUAUAAAUUCUUCUCCAAUAAUAAUAAUAAAAACACCACUUUCUUCUCCCCUCCUUUUUUUUUAUUUUUCU